CAAACUACCAGUAAUGUAUGCAACAUGAUCAAGAGUAAAGUCCAUCUCAGCUAAAGAUGCGAUUCAAAGCGAAGCUGUUCGAUGUUCAAUCUAUAACUCAGCUACAGAACAUUAUCAGCGCAGUGUCUAAGUUCUGUAAGACAUGUUGUUUGAAGCUGACUGAGGAUAAGAUGUAUUUUAUUCUGAAUGACAGGCUUGUUUGCGGUGGAACUACUAUUUGGUGUGAGGUAACACAGAGUAGCUUCUUCGACGAGUACCGUAUAGAGGGUAAAGAUGAUAAGGGUGCCAUCCUGAUGAGUGUCAGCCCCGAGAACCUCUCCAAGUCUCUGUGUAACACUAUGAACGCUUCCUCUGUUAAAAUCAAGUUAGCUAAGAAACAGUCUGCUUGUCUGAGUGUUGAAAUAGCGCUUCCUAGCCCUGGUGGUUCAGGAAUACAGAGGUUAGUAACACACGACGUGCCAGUACACUUGAUACCUCUAACACACUGGGCCGAGUACGAGGAACCUGGUAUGCCCGAGUUUGACAUAUCUUUCUACCUUCCUCCUCUAAAAAGACUCAGAAAUGUACUGGAACGGAUCAAGAAUCUGAGUAAUCACGUGACAGUACGGGGAGCAUGGACCGGAGAGUUAACACUUUCUGUAAAGACAGAACUCGUCACCACCAAAACCUACUUCACUGAUCUGGAUAUUCCCCAACUUGACUCUGAGGUGGACACGUCACGUGCAAGCGCGGAAGUAACAGUGGACAUAAAGAAGCUCCUCCUGUUCGUUCAAAGUCAGGGAAUGGGAGCGAGCAAAGCUAUCUGUAACAUCGUACACAACCGAGCUCUCCAGCUCUUCUUACUACAGGACGACGUUCAGUUACAAUAUUACCUCCCUAGCAUCGACACUAGCUGAUGCAUUGUGUAUCGGAAUUCAAGUGAUGAUUACCUAAUGCCAUGAUGCGUAUUUUACAGAACUGCCACAAUGUGCGGAUAGUAAAUUAAUAAACGGACAAAGUUUGGUGAAAGCUUUGUUUUUGGAGCGUAACUGUUUGUUUGUACACAUUUUAACAUGACAUUUUAUUUAAUUCUAAUUUAUUGCAUAUUUUCUAUUUCAAACUUGUUCAAGAAAACAGCUAGUUUUAUUCUUCUUUUUUUCAAGUAAACUUUCGUGAUUCGUUUAUAGUCUCUACCCAAUUCGCCAUUU